UGACCUUAUCCUUUGUAUUAUACACCGUAUUACAUACAGAUUGUGACUGUAGCCUGUCUAAUAAAUAUCAACAUCACAUGCUCAGGUAAAAAAUGAGAGGGAUUAGAAACAUAUACUUUUCCUUAUGAAACAAGUACAAUUUUCUAACGAGUUGUCGAAAGCAUGUUUAAAAACAAAACAGUAAUGGACCUUUAAAUGUAUGCAAGACAUUAUUGUAAUACAUGUAUAGUAAAUCGUUUCAGAAAUUGGCAGCCGUUUUGCUGUUUUCUAUUAAAUGAGCAGUUUCCAGGGCGAACUGAGCAUCCUUUACGACGGAGAAGCAAAGCAUGUGUGGGACAACUGGAGAAAGCAAUUGUAUUCAAAUUGGACCGUUAAAACACAAAUGGCGAAUAGAUUUUAUUUUCUCUUUAUAUAGCACAACCAUUGAUGUGGCAGCACCCUUCAAUCGGCCACAACGCGGUUUUUAAUUUCCCCAUAUCAUUGACAAGAAUCGAAGGGCCAAGCAUACACCGAACUGUCGUCGCGUUUUGAUGACGCCAUUCGAUGGCACCAAAAACAGUCUCCUCUCAGCAUAUCUUUGAAGAACCUCCAUUGUGGACACUGUAUUAUUGAGAAUUGAAACUAAAACUCGCACGUCGUAUUUAAUGUGUCGCCCACGCCAGCCGUUUUUCAGUUCACCGAGUCGUUUUUAGCCCCUGUCGGUCUCGCCAUGAACCACGAUGAUUUGACUGCAAGUUUAAAUUUAGAUGAACUCCAACAUAAUGUGGCGUCUGUACCUGAUGGACUUUGCUGGGUGUCAGUCCUGUCCUGUUUGCUGCUUGCGUGCUCAUAUGUCGGAAGUUUAUACGUUUGGAAAAGCGAUUUACCAAGGGAUCAUCCUGCAGUGAUAAAGAGGCGCUUUACCAGUGUGCUGAUCGUGUCUGCUCUAUCUCCAGUCUUUGUGUGGGCAUGGAAAGAGUUUACAGGCAUCCAGCCUGGUCCUUCAUUACUAGCCCUUAUGGGAAUCCGGUUGGAGGGACUAAUGCCUGCUGUCAUUCUACCUCUGCUGCUGACUAUGGUGCUUUUUCUGGGUCCCCUGAUCCAGCUAGCCAUGGAUUGCCCCUGGGGCUUUAUCGAUGGCAUAAAAGUCAUCGUUGACCCAUGCUUCUGGGCACUCUGUCUGAGUGACAUGCGUUGGCUGAGGAACCAGGUGGUGGCGCCAUUGACAGAAGAAUUGGUUUUUCGGGCAUGCAUGCUUCCCAUGCUAGUACCUUGUGCUGGCCCCCUCACCUCAAUCUUUACAUGCCCACUCUUCUUUGGUGUUGCUCAUUUUCAUCAUGUUAUUGAGCUCCUGAGGUUUAGACAGGGCACUGUCUCAGGGAUUUUCCUCUCUGCAGUGUUCCAGUUCUCUUACACAGCAGUAUUUGGAGCAUAUACUGCCUUUAUAUUCAUCAGGACAGGUCAUCUGGUGGGUCCUGUGCUGUGCCACUCUUUCUGUAACUACAUGGGCUUUCCGGCUCUCAGCACGGCCCUAGAUCACCCACAACGCUUCACGAUUCUCUUCUUCUAUGUGCUAGGGGUCGUUCUCUUCCUCUUCCUCCUAUUCCCCAUAACUGACCCACUCUUUUAUGGUUUGCCUACACCCGUCUGCACUCUGACCUCCACACCUGGCUCGGUGUGCUCUUGAUUCAUCUCUCCACCCACACUGCAUCCUGCAUGUCAUCUAUUCCUUCUGUUCGGUUGUGUCCAGGGCCUACAGCCAUCUGGAAAGGAGUGGCUAUUUUUUCACCAGGAUCUACAAUUGGUAGCACUAGGUGAGCGAGGAAUUGGUAGGGAACAGGUAUGAAAAUUCACAGCCUCCGUGAGGUUAGAACUCAGUGGAUGCAAGACAUCUUCAGGUGGAACCGGCCAUUCGUUUUACCGUAAUGCUUGAUGAAUCUGUGCAGCAGAUGUUGUGUGUUAUCAAAUUACAUCAUCUUCGAGCCAGGCCGAAGUUUAUUGAAGACAAGAUUUAUAAUAUAUGUUUAUAUGACAAUAUAUCAGUGUGUAUAUCAUGAAAUUGGUGCUGGAGAAAAUGAUCAGGAGUUAUUACGGGUUUGCUAAGAAGGUGUAAGUGGAAAUUUGCAUUAACGAAAAAUGCACUUCCCAUUUAUCUGUUAUGACAUUAAGAUCUUACUCGCGUACACCUGUUUUGACCGGUGCCCUUACUUGAAAACUUUCAUGUUGACCACGUUUUAAAAACUAUGGAUAUUUUUGGUUUUACCCUUGGUCUUAUUUAGAAAACCGUCUAAAUGUAGAAAUGUGUCCAUUUAUUAGGUAUGUUUCUGCAGCAAUAGACAUUACAACAACACAAUUUAAAAUUGUGUCAGAAAAUACAAAAUUACCCCUGGCUCAAGACUUCAUGUUAAAGCCUAGGUAUAAUAAUAGCCAUUUGUGUUACAUUGCAAAUUAUGGGGCCUUUAUUGCAACAUUGGUCAGCCCUGUCAGCAAAAACAGCAAAUACCAGUUAUUUUUGAGAUUGCAGUAAUUUGUACAAUGAUAAAGGGAUAAUUCAACCAAAAAUGAACAUUCUUUCAUCAUUUACUCCUUUUCAUGUUGUUUCAAACCUGUAUUAAAUUCCUUUUUGAGAAAUGUUUGUAACCGAACCAUUCAUAAGCCCCAUUCACUAGUAUUGGUUUUCUUACUAUGGAUGUUAAUGGGGCUCAGGAUUGGUUUGGUUACAAACAUUACUCAAAAUAUUUUCCUUCAUGUUCAUCAGAACAAAGAAAAGGUUUGUAACAACAUGAGAGUGAGAAAAUGAUGACAGCAUUUUCAUUUUUGGGUGAACUAUCCCUUUAUUAAGUAAUGAAAUGUAACUUGUAGUGUUUUUUUUUUUUUUUGCUUUCACGGUUUCUGUAGCUCAGCUAGUAAAGUAAAAAUCCAAGGUCAUGGGUCACUUACUAAAAACUGAUAUGUACCUUGUAUGCACAGAAGUUGGUUUAGAAGGAAAAACAGAUGAGGUUUUAUUGAUUCAUAAUUUGGGUAGCAGUGGAGUAUGUCGUCAUAAAAAAGACACAUUUAUUUAAAAACGCAGGAAAUUCGUUUUGUAAAUACAUUGCCACAUAUGAUAUUGCAGACAUUUUGUCAAUAUUCAUUUAUUUUAAUGAACACGAUUGGUUGUAUCACAUUGCCUGCAUCAACAUUGGAUCAUCUUAUGUACUUGAACUACCUUUAGAAGAGAAUUACAAAUCUGAAUACUAAGCUUUUAUAAACCUUGUAUAUUACAGAUGAUAGACUGAGGCUCUCAUUGAUAGUAUUUUCUCGAGAGCUUUAGUUAAAACUGUUCUGCAUGCUGCUACACUUGUUAAUGUUUGGAUGUUGAUCAGCAUAGAAACACACCAAAUACCACUCAUAUACACACACUUAAAAUGCUGGGUAUAAUGCUAAAAAGUUUAUAUGAACACACGUGGCUACCCUAGAGUAGAAGUUGCUUGGUACAGAACAUUUAAUGUGAUGUUAAUUUUUUUUAAGGUUCACCCCUUACCAAAUGUGAAAGAAGAGUGUAUGUAAUAUGUUUAUGUAUAUUUAUAUGAGGAGCUCAAAUGCAAAGCCGCUAAAUGCCAUUUCUGUCAAACAUAAGAUAAUGAUAUUUACCGAAUGAUCUUUCUACAUAUACGUUUAAGUACUUUCGUGUUAAUUCCACUUAAUCCAAAGAACAGGUCUUUCAGAAAUACCUUUUUUUUUGCAGAAUUUAUUAAGAUUCUGAUAACAAUGCAUAUUUACAAAAAACAUGGCAGAUGCACUUAGAGGGCUUUGCAUCGGAGCACUUAUACAUAUAUAUAUAUAUAUAUACACACACAUGUCACAUUCUUAAUGUGUGGAUAAUGUGUCAAUCAUAGUUUUUUCCCUAUGUUGUAAGAGACCAAGCAAAGUAAACCUUAUAAGCAAUAAUCUCACAUACAUGAUCCAAUCAGGGAUUUCCAUCCAGUGCCACACAGGUUCAUUUUUGUUAAUUUAGUCUUUAUUUUCAAAAAUAAUUCAUUAUUUGACUGUGUACAAAGAAAUGUAUUACAUUUACCAACAUUUUAACUCUCAAGUUCUGAAAGGAAACUGCAGGAAUUUAUUUUCAAGCUCUUUAAAAAGUAAAACGAUGUUCUGAUGUACCAGUGGCAAGCACUGAGAAAAGUGUGUUUAGAGUGUGCCAUAUGAAUAUGACUAGUCUGCCAUGUUUACACACGGAUAAUGCUGCAUGUAAUCCCUGAUGAAAAAUCAGUUUACUGGCUACAGUGAAUGCUGCUUUAGUUUAGUUCCUUGUGCUUGUUGUAAUUGAAGUCAACAGGGGGCGCCAGAGGACCAUUUUUUUUGUAUAUGUGUCUGUUUUAAGUAGUUUAUUAGAAUGUCAUGAGUUGUGUUUUUUCGGAGAAGCUUAAAACCAGUGGUUGCUGUGGUUGAUUAUCAGUGUAACUAAAAUGACAUCAUCUACCGGGGAAUUUUGUUUUGAAUAUGUUUCAGGAGCUUGUCAGAUGUCAGUCCAAUGUAUCGUAUCCUUAUUUACUUUCCCUGUUAUUUUCUGUGGUCAUGUGCAAUCAUUUGUGUUUGCAGGGCAAUUAUUUAACUCUUUACUACAAGUGACACUCAUUUCCUUUUUAAAAUUUAGAAUAUUCAUUCGCACUGGUCUGUAGUUUUUUUAUUUUCAAUCCAAACAUGUGCACCUGGAUUGGGUUUAUUUCUAGAUGCUCUGAACAUCAUAUUUAUAGUAGGACAGAUUUUCCAAUAUAUUUUUACAAAUGUGAACAGUAGCUAAUUGCUAUUUUAGCUCAUUGAAAUGUCACCAAAAAAAGUAUUUUAAAAAUGCAGCACAUAUGUUUAUUGAAUGGACUGGUUGGUGUUAAUUACACACAGUUCAGCUGUUUAUACUGAGAGCUAUAUUUUAUAAUCAAAUCUAUUUUGGUGACUAAAGUGCACGCAAGUUGUUUUUGACCAACAUGCAAUGCAAUUUUCUGUACUUCAUUAAUGGGCAAAUGUUUUAUGACAAUCUUUUUUGGGGAUCUUUCAGUUGACUCUGCAAAACUGUUUGUUAAUAAAGAUUUUUUUAAACGUACAA